AUGAUAGCGGUCCAAGAGUCUUAUCAGAUUGAAGAGCUUUCCGACGAAACCUCAGAUUUGGAAGGUAAGACUCUCACCCCAGAGCCACGUGUCUCAAACCCAGUAGAUGCGGCAGAUGGCUCCUCCAUUCCUAUUACACCUACUAGACAACUUAAAGUAACUGGAUGGAUGGAUCGAUCAGCCCUUCGCCGCCACUUCGAUGUUACAGAGGUGGAUGGACUAAAGAUUGCCUCUUGUGUUCAUUGCAAACGCGAAUUCAAGGAAGCGAGGUCCACAGGAAACCUUUCAAAACACGUAAAGAACGUUCAAUCCUCUAGCAUACCAAAACGGUCGAAAAGAAAGAAGUAAAAAUCUAGGAAGUCUCAGCCAAUUAGGAGUCAAGUGUCGUUCCUUGCCACCGCCAGCUGCAAUAACCGCAGAAUGGAAGCAUAGCCCUGGCGAUUUUGGUAUUCUGUUGCUUUUGACGGAAAAGUUAGUCCCGUUCUCCUUCUUCGAAGGCAAAAGCUGGAACGUCAUUAGCGAAGCCUGCUCUGGUAUUAAAUUGAUAAAAUCUCGUCCAGCGAUCAUUGACAGGCUAUCGAACUAGACCAAUCACUUCAAUACUGCACUUAAAAAAGUAUUGAGUAAAACUGACUUCAUUAACAUUGAACUGGAUAUCUGGUCCGGCGGGAAUGGAAGAUCAUAUCUUGCUGUAGCCGCAUCAUUUGCUCCCAAUCUUAUAAAUGAUGCUAUGCUGACUGAUGUUGGCAGCAGCAAGGCUCUUCUUAAUAACCAUUACGCUCCGUACAACACCCACAUCCUAAGGUUUCAUUGAUGUUAGCGACACACCACACACCGGGGAAAAUCUUUUCAAGGAAGUUCGGGAUGUGAUGAAAGAGUAUGAAAUAGAUGAUCGAGUUGCAACAAUUACUUGUGAUAAUGCCACAAACAACAUAUGCAUGCAUUCCCACCUUGUCCAUGACCAUUUCAAGAAAUGCAAAUCCAAGACGUUCGAUCGUCUGGGAAACUUCCAUAUUUUCCGGUGUGGAAACCAUAUUUUGAACAUUCUUUUCCAAGAUGUAGUGAAAAACCUGAAAGCAAACACAAAGUUUAGCUUGGCACUGGCGCGUAUCACACGGUUGGCUCACAAGAUGAAGCACACUUCUGUUUUGAGGUCUUCAUUAAUGAAAGCUUCAAUCCCGUUGGUGCCUGCUGCAUCGGAAACACGGUGGUUGUAUAUCUGGAAGCAAGUAACCACUUUUCUGAAAUAUCGCCAGCAGUAUCUGACGUGGUUCAAUAACUUUAAAAAGUCACCACAGAACAUUUCUGCUGCUUCAAAAAUCGAAAAGUGUUUCGAGCAAACCCCUGAGGAAGUCCAUCUUUUGCAGUACUUUGUCGAUUGUUGCUCAAUCUUCAAAGUGUUGAAUGACACUCUGCAAGAAGUUUCGUUUAAUCAUCUCUCUAAUGCGGUACCUUUCUAUUACACACUUCUGGAAUAUUAUGACUUAUGCGGUGAUGCCCAUACGGAGACUAUAGAGCUACCGACAGAAGGAGCAUUUGAUUUCACCUUUAUCAAUGGAACUCAAAACCCGCCGUUAGAUAUGAAGAAAACGGUACUUGAUGCUGUCCUUUCUACUCGAAACAAAUUUACAACUUAUUUCCAGUACUUCACGGAAAACGAUCUGUAUUUUGUCGCUGCAUUCUUGGAUCCUUCGUCCAAACAUCAGUGCUUCAACACCCUUAUGACGGAGGACGAGGCUCAAUUUCGACUAAGCAAAGUGGAAAGGUAUUUGAAGUCUUACCUCAAGAAGUCCGAACCGCGAAAGGUCGUUACAUCAACUGAACUUGCCAAAAGAUCUGUUAGAGGCACGCGCCAUCGAGUCAGCAAAUUACCCACAAUUAACCGGCGCGAAAAGCAUUCACGUAAUGCAGAGGCUUCUAUGUGCAAUCAGGCAGUCAGUGAGUGGGACAAAUAUAAAGCAGAAGAGCAACAUACCUUGGACUUCAAAGAGGAUCUGAUACAAUGGUGGUACGAACGCCGUGGCGCAUAUCCCAAUUUAUUCAGGCUUGCGGUGGCCCUUCUAUACACAAAAUUUAGCACAAGCGGUCUGGAGAGAGCAUUUUCUAUCAGCGGGAAAGUUCUUCGUAAAGAAAGAAGAAGUAUGAGCAGUCUAAAUUUUAACAGGUUGCUAGUUCUUAGAAAUCGCUUCAAGGGCUGGGGCCUCCUCGACCAGAAAUUAACACUCAAUUUCCAAGAUUCUGAUGAGGAUGAUGACUAUAUAGAAUGCUACUCUCAAUCAGAUGACGACGAUCUCGAGUUUCAAUAG